UUCUCAACAUGCUGAGUAACCCUCUUGGGAACAUCCUGGCGAAGCCUCCACUGGGUUUCAUGCCUCUAGACCCCAUUGGUUCAGACCUGUCAGAAAAGUUCUCCACGCCCAGCCUGAGGAAUUCCCGCAUGGAUUCCCGCUCCCUCCUGGACUCCCGCUCCAGCAGCCCCUCAGACUCGGACACUAGUGGGUUCAGCUCUGGCUCUGACCACCUCUCAGACUUGAUUUCAAGCCUUCGCAUCUCCCCUCCUCUGCCCUUCCUGCCUCUCAGUGGGGUGUCGAGAGACCCCUUGAAGAUGGGAGUAGGAUCCCGACUGGAUCAAGACCAAGCUGCCCUGGCUGCAGUCACUUCCCCUCCAGCCAGCGCAUCAAAAAGAUGGCCUGGAGCAUCUGCGUGGCCUUCUUGGGAUCUCCUGGACUCUCCAGAAGACCCUUUCAGUAUUGAAAGAGAAGCUAGGCUUCACAGGCAAGCAGCAGCUGUGAACGAAGCCACCUGCACCUGGAGUGGACAACUGCCUCCCCGAAACUACAAGAACCCUGUCUACUCCUGCAAAGUGUUCCUGGGAGGAGUCCCGUGGGACAUUACGGAAGCUGGAUUGAUCAACACCUUCCGUGUGUUUGGCUCCUUGAGUGUGGAGUGGCCUGGUAAGGAUGGCAAACACCCACGCUGCCCUCCCAAAGGUAAUAUGCCAAAAGGGUACGUCUACCUGGUGUUCGAGUCGGAGAAGUCCGUGCGUGCCCUGCUCCAGGCGUGCUCCCAGGACCUCCUGAGCCCCGACGGGCUCAGCGAGUACUACUUCAAGAUGUCCAGCCGCAGGAUGCGCUGCAAAGAGGUGCAGGUGAUCCCCUGGGUGCUGGCAGACAGCAACUUUGUGCGCAGCCCCUCGCAGCGGCUGGACCCCAGCAAGACGGUGUUCGUGGGGGCCCUCCACGGGAUGCUGAACGCCGAGGCCCUGGCGGCCGUCAUGUGCGACCUCUUCGGAGGGGUGGUCUAUGCCGGCAUCGACACGGACAAGCACAAGUAUCCCAUCGGGUCUGGCCGUGUAUCCUUCAACAACCAGCGCAGCUACCUGAAGGCUGUGACCGCUGCCUUUGUGGAGAUCAAAACCACCAAGUUCACCAAGAAGGUCCAGAUCGACCCCUACCUGGAGGACUCCCUGUGCCAAGUCUGCAGCACCCAGCCUGGCCCAUUCUUCUGCAGAGACCAGAUCUGCUUUAAGUACUUCUGCCGCUCCUGCUGGCACUGGCAGCACUCCAUGGAGGUCCUGCGCCACCACCGCCCACUGAUGCGCAACCAGAAGAACAGAGACUCCAGCUAA